GCGCUUUCGCAGAGACAGGCGAGGUCUUCUUCUCCAGUAAGGACUCAGCGGCACCCUUCGUCUUCCGGGUUGGCGCGGGCGACGUGAUUCCUGGGCUUGAGAUGGGAGUCAUGAAGAUGUCAGUAGGAGAGAAAGCACGGCUUCAUAUUCCGGCAGAUCUGGCCUAUGGCCAGAAAUCGGAUCGUGUGAAGGUGGCAGUUGUGAAG